AUGUUGGCUUUAAGAGGUGUUGUUAUUCCUCCAACAAAUAUUCAUUGUGAAUUUUGUAGGAAAGUUCCGGAGAAUUCAAACCACUUUUUCUUUCAUUGUUUAGUCUCGAAAUCUAUAUGGGGGAGGAUUUUCUUGUGGAUUGGAGAAGACAUCAAUCUUACGAUAGAGGAGUUAAUGGAUUUUGGGUCCAUUCAAGAGAAGGUGAAGAAUAUUAAAAUGAGGGAGAAGAUAAAUACCAUAUGGAUUGCUACCAUGUGGAGUUUAUGGUUAAUGAGAAAUACUAUGGUUUUCGAUAAGGUGCCGUUUAGUUUUGAAGCGGUGUGCACUAAUGUUAUGUCUUUAUCUUGGAGUUGGCUUGAUAGAUUUAAACCGCUUUCAUCUUCUUCCUUUUAUGAAUGGUAUAAAUUACCAUUAGCUUGUUUCAAUAGUUUGUAG